AUGGCAAGAAACCAGGACGGGACGACAUUAAGCAGAAUGCUGAGAUUGGUACACACAUCUUCUCCCAUCUGGCCAUGUCUGAACGACCUUGCUAACGAGGCAGCCCUGAAAUACAAGCAGUACAACAAGACCCGUGACAUACUGUCUGGGAAGAUCCCGCCCCCCUCAGAACACCCAAAGCCAGAGAAGCGACAAUUAGAGAAGCGACAAUCAAACCAUGUGCCGGUACAGACGCCUUCAAAACGCCAAAAACACCUUGCAACCCCCUCCAAAUCACGAAACGCCUCGCUCGAUGCCACGCCUUCAAAAUCACUGCCGCCUCUCUACGACGACGCCAACACGAGCACCCCCUCCAUCGCCCGCCACUUGUUCAGUCCCGCAGCACCGCGGUCGAUUGGACCCACGCCGCAGCGAGAUGGCCGCGUCAUGGGGCUGUUUGAUCUGAUGUCGGAGCGGGAGCUGGGAACGCCCUCAAGAGCGAACGGGGCAUCGCAGACAGCCAAUGCUCCUCUGUCGUUCUUCGCCACUCCGAGCAAGCGCGGCGCAGCCAACUUGGAGACCGCCACCACUCCAAAUUCUUCCGGGAAAAAGCGAAAAACGGAUGGCUUCGUCACGCCCUUGAAACUCAAGAAUAUGAACGCCAACGGCGACAAGACCCCGUCCUCGUCAACGUCGGUCUCCAAGCUCCAGUUCAGCACUCCUGCCUUUCUCAAGAGGCACAGCUUCGCACCUGUCGACGAGAACGGCGAGUUCCCUGCCGCCGCGCCAUUGCGGCUGCCCCGCAAACCACUGGGCCGCGGCCUCAGCGCCAUCGUGGCCAGCCUGCGGAAGGUCGAGGAAGAGGCACACGACGACGAUAUGGACGCGCUGCGGGAGAUGGAGCAAGGCGAGACGGGGCUGGCGCCGGCGCCGGCGCCGAUGCAGAUGAAGCCUCCGCCAAAGCCACAAGACGAUGUCCUGGUGGCCGACAGUCAGGUCAUGAACCUGCCGCUGGGCGGCUUCGACGACGAGGGCAUGUACGACAGCGAGCCUGAGGAGCAGCUGGGACGUGACGGGCAGCCCUUGAAGGUGUACAAGAAGAAGGGACAGAAGAGGACGACAAGGAGGUCGAACAUGAAGCCGGUGCAUCACAAGAGGCCGACGGCACCAGUCGAUGGCGCGCUCGCGGAGGAGGACGAUGACGUGGUUCCUGAAACGCAGAUGAACCCCAACAAGGAAAACGAAUACGCAUCAGGUGACGAGGCAGACUUUGUGCCGUCAGACGUCGAGGGAUCUGACGUUGAGGCUGCCAAGGGAAAGAGCUCGAAGAAGACCGUCAAGAAGAAUGUGAAGGAAGGAGCUGUCAAGAAGACGGCCAGGAAGGUCAACGAGUUUGCGCACACCAACUUCCGGCGCCUGAAGCUCAGAAACACGGGCUCCAAGGGCGGCGCUGGUUUCAACAGCAAAUUCCGGCGCAGGCGAUGA